UUUUUUUAUUUUUUUAAUUCAUCUUGACAGCAUAUAACAUCUUUAAUAAUAAUAAUAAAUAGUAAACAUGUCUAGAUCACCUGAACGAAUGAAUAUUGACGAAGAAUUCAGAAUUAGAGGUCGAGGAAUUUCAAAUAAUGAUAGUACGUAGUAUAUAAACCAUUAUUUAUCAUGUAUGGAUAUUAACGUGUUUAAACAGCACGACGUUCUGGUAGAGAUACUAUGGAUGAAGAUUCAGAGCCUGUUCGUUCCAUAGAAGGAUGGAUUAUUAUUGUACGUGGACUUCAUGAAGAAACUGACGAGGAAACAUUGGCAGAGAAAUUUAUGGAAUAUGGAUCAAUUAAAAAUAUUCACUUAAACUUAGAUAGACGUACAGGUUAUGUUAAGGGUUAUGCAUUUAUUGAAUAUGAGGCUCGUAAAGAAGCAGAAGAAGCUAUUAUGGAUGCUAAUGGUACAAAAUUCAUUGGAGAAACUAUUAAAGUUGAUUACGCCUUUAUUAAAGGCCCAUCAGUGGUUAAUGAUAGACGUGGUAGACGUGAUAGAAGUCUGAGCCCCAAUAGAAACUAAUAAAGGACUAUUUGAUUCAUAACAAUAUUUAUAUAACUGUACUCAUUAUACACGUUUUUAUACGAUAAAAGUGCUAAAUAUUAUUUUUUAUAUAAACCCAAAUGCGCGUAAAAAUUAAAUAAAC